AUGUAAUAAUAAUAAAAACAACCAAUUCAUGAAAGGCGUCGUAGAAGUGGAGCUCUGCAUGCCCAAACAUGUGAGGAAUAUCUGAAAGUAUGAGGUAAUUUUAUGAUUAAAGAAAUAUGAAUAAAUUGGACAGAUAGUAAUAAGAGAGAGUUCAAGAAAAAAGAGUUUAUCAGAAUCUGCUUUUCUCAACUUUGACUUCAUACCUGCAGAUGAAGGAAUGGAGGACUUAUGUUAGUUGAAAAUCUUGAUCUAUUCCCCAAAAUUGAAGAUGAAUGAAUAAGAAUUUUUGCAACUCUUGAAGCGAACAAGAAAUAGAUCAAUCACUACUGAUAAUUUACAAAAUAUACGUUAGACAUUUGAUUACGAUUUCUUUUAUAGAGAAUAUGAAGUCAAUGAGAAACAUUUCGGUCUUCAUUUUUGGGUCGAGAAUAAUCCAAGGCACAAGCACUCUCUCUUUUUUUCAGGUAUGUAUGACCAAAACCUAAUAAUAAUAGAGAAUUACUAUCGGUUCUUUAAUGCAGCUAUACUAUUAUAGCGUGAUCUCAAUGUAGAGUCAAUAAUAAGAGAAAAUAAUCCUAAAUGUAUGAUUAAAUUUUUCCCAUUUGUAAAUGAUUUCUUAUAUUAGCCAGAUGGAUGAAUUGCUUAUGGAAUCGCUCUAAUCUAUUAUUGCUGAAGUAAAAGUUUUAUAUACUAAACAAGAUCUGUCAUAGCAAC